AUGACACCCCCGGCCUCGAAGCGAGCCUGUGACCAAUGCCACAAUUCGAAAGAAAAGUGCCGGCGCCCGAACACAACGAUGACAUGCGAGAGGUGCCGCCGGUUGAGACAGACGUGCCAAACAGUUCGCAAUCUUGCAAAAGCCGGUCGAAAGCCUCGAGCUACCAUUACACUACUCCACAAACUCCCCGCCUCCAGCCUCAGCCCUAGGGCAGAGAGCUUGGAGGCAUCGCACCCGUUCAAAACCAAAGACACUCCUUAUUCACAUUUGUAUAUUCCCUUUGAUACAGGACUCGGAAUGAAUCCGGCGCUAUUCCCAGAACUGGAUCAAUGGGAGCGUCACUUUCUGAACCUCAUGAAAGACAUUGUGGCGCCAUCUCCGCUUGACAAAUAUCUCAUCGGACCAAGCUUCCACGAAUCUCAUCAUCGAUCAUUCGUACAGAGUAUGCUCCAACCAGCCCCUGCACUGAAGAAUGCUACAGUAGCCUGUGCUGCAGUGCUGUUCGGCGAUAAGUAUGCCGAAUACACUCUGACCAGUGUUGAGGUAGGUCACCGGCGCGCUGCAUUGGCCCUUUCGGAGUUAAGGGCAUUAAAAAUAUCAGAAGAGCAGGACUUGGUCACAGCGUUGGUCUUGGGCGUAUCAAUGGUUACAUUCGCUAUGCAUGUCGUCGAUGGACAGCCGUUUCUCAUAUCACACUAUACACUUUCUCUGGUGAGGCCAGUCUAUCAAUCUGCUUUGAGGAUGGACCCAAGCAUCAUGGAUUACCUGAUGUGUCUUGUUAGCACAGAGACAUUUGAAUGUCUACUUACAGCGCAAACUCCAACCUUGCGAAUAAACGAGCAUGAUCGUCCAAACGUUGUUGAUCGGUACCUUGGGAUCGCCUCAUCUCUCUUCGCCCACCUUUAUGACAUAUGCGCAGUCAGUAGUCUACUCCGGACUGCUGGUGGGACAAUGACUGCCCAAACUGCGCAAAAAGUGGAAGAUAUCCGCGAAUCCCUUGAGCAGUGGAAAACAUCGCCGCCACUAAAUUUUCUCGAGCGUUUUACUGUGGCGGAGACCACCAUCAUGCUUGCCCAGGCCAAAGUCCUCCGCGUGGCGGCCUUUCUUAUUAUACAUCGAUUGUAUCAUCCUUUUGGGACACACAACAGUGCGGCGCUCUCAUUAUCCAAACUCAUCGACAUGGAAUUCGAUAGGGUGUUGCAUCUGACCGGACACUCGUUGCCAUGUAUGUCAUUUGCCUACUUGACGGCGUGUUUUGAAAUAAAUGGCCGCGAAGCACGUACAUCAGCCAUUGAAAAAAGCCAGCGAGUGGCCAAUUUCUCUAAACAGUCGCAGCGCCGUUUCCAACAGACUUUGCUCUCCAUGUGGGCCGCAAAGGAUGCUGGAAGUCAGAUCUAUUGGUUCAGUCUCAAUGAUAUACUAAACAGGAAGAGCAGUACAUGGAUCUAG